ACUGUGUCUCUGUGUUCAACCUCUCCUUCUGGCUCUCUCCAUCUUCUCCUUCUUCUCUUCUUCAUCUUUUCUGAAGACCUUUGCUGCAUCUAUACACCUUCAAGACUUUCAACAAGACCAGGGCAAAAACAGCAAACACAUCCUCCUCCAUAAAAAUUCUUGAGUCACUUUUUUUCUAGAAACGUUUUAAGCCUUCAGCUGUUUGCAGUGUCGGCGUGGGAGAAAGAAACCAUGUCUCAGCAGAUGUUGCUCUUGACAGUGGUGUCCAUGUGGCUUUUUGCCGGGUACUUCCUGGUAGAGGCAACAUAUUCCAGCCACAAUAUGCACAACCGCUAUCGUGCAUUCAAUCACAAUGCCAACAUGGACAAUCAGCUUCCUCCAGAGAUACCUGUGGUGAUGGAAGCAGAGGCCCCUCGUCCAGUCAACUUCAGUCGCACCUUUUAUGGGAUCAUGUUUGAUGCUGGCAGCACUGGCACCCGUAUCCACAUUUACAAGUUCAUUCAAAAAGACCCAGUUGAGCUUCCAGUGCUUGACAAUGAGAUGUACCAUGCCGUGAAGCCUGGACUGUCAGCGUAUGCGGAUAUGCCCGAAGUGGGUGGAGAAACCAUUCGGCAACUGUUGAAGGUCGCAAAAAAGACAAUUCCCAAAGAGCAAUGGAUACAGACACCUGUGGUUCUGAAAGCCACUGCCGGCUUGCGCCUGCUGCCUCAAGAAAAAGCCAAAGCCCUUUUGAAUGAGGUCAAAGACGUUUUUGAUGACUCUCCUUUCUUUGUUCCAAAAAACAGUGUCACCAUCAUGAAUGGAACCAAUGAGGGGGUCUUGGCAUGGGUUACAGUAAACUUCCUUACAGGUCAUUUGUAUACUAAAACAAGAAAAACUGUUGGGAUCCUGGAUUUGGGUGGGGGUUCAACUCAGAUUACUUUCCUUCCUAAGUUUAAGAAAACUGUGUUGACUGCUCCUCCAGACUACAUUGCCAAAAUCAAUAUGUUUAACAGCACUUUUGAGCUGUAUACUCACAGUUAUCUUGGAAAUGGACUAUUUGCUGCACGACUGGCAACUCUUGGCGCUCUUGGUGCAGAUGGUCUUGAUUGGAAAGUUUUCAGAAGUUCUUGUUUACCCAAAAAAUUCAGAGAAGACUGGAGUUUUGGUGGACUCACCUACAAAGUCAGUGGAAUCCCAGAUGGUUUUGCAGGGUACAAGUUAUGCUACCAAGAGAUAAUGCAGGUGGUGAAAGGGAUUGUGCACCAGCCCUUUGAAGUCAAGGGAAGCAGCAUCUUCUAUGCCUUCUCCUAUUACUAUGAUAGAGCUGUGGAGUCUGGUCUCAUUGAUGGAUCCCGUGGUGGUACUGUGGAAGUCAGGGAUUUUAAAAAGAGAGCCAAAGAAGUGUGCAACAAGAUGACUAAAUACCGUCCAAUCAGCCCCUUUUUGUGCAUGGACAUGACCUAUAUCACAUGCCUAUUGAAAGAGGGAUUCGGGUUCAAGGACAGCACUGUUCUGCAGCUUACUAAAAAGGUGAAUAAUAUGGAGACAAGCUGGGCACUCGGCGCCAUCUUCGAUCAUUUCCACAAUCUCAACAUUCAUUAAAGCCAGCAGUCUUGCAAUGGACACCAGCAUGAGGGGGCGCACAGGGGUCAAGCCGGGGCAAAACUCACCUGAUCAAGCAGCCCCUCUCUGUCCUCCUCCAUAACUCUUAAGUGAGUUCAGACCGGCCCUGCACUGCAGCCCUAUAUCACAACUCCCUACCCCCUCACCAACUAAACACUUACAGAACUGUUCACAAAGAAAUCACUAUAUUUUUGUAAAGAUGGCCAGGCCAGCCUGCAAUUUCUACUGUAUGUUUACAUUUUUUUCAGUUGUAGUCUCACCUGAGACACUGUCUGUCUGUCUGUCUGUCUAAGCUGGCAGUUUUCAAAGUUUCAGUGUUUAACUCACCCAUUUAAAGCUUCAUGUAGUUGUGCAGGAUAUUGUGCAGUGGGACACUGCACAAUUUAUUAUUGAAGCUUCUGUAGCCUCUCCUGCAGUAAUGUUAGUGGUAGUGCUUGCACAGUAGUGUAGUGCUGUUUUAGGUUAUGGUAAAUUAUAAUUCAGUUUCCAUUUACUGCCCCAUCGAGCACUUAACAUUUUAACGUAGCUGGUUCAGUUACAGCCAUCUGUUUUGGAAAGUUGUUUGGGAUCAGCAGCUUAACCUGGGGUUGAUUUGGCUGGUAGGGACAAGGACAAAUCAUACAUGUACGGUCACUUUACUUGGGUACAUGAGUGUAACAUAUUCUUUUCUGUUUGUCUAUUAAGAAAGUUAGCAUAGCAGAGUUGAAGAGCUGAGUUGGAAGAUUUUUCAGAAGCAUAUCACAUUUUGGUGAAAAUCUAUAGUGGCCUUUUUCUUUUUUAGCCAAGGUCUAACCAGCCAUGGUUUUUAACACUGAAUGGCAUGCAAUUAAAUAUACUUGCCAUGCAGCCAUUAUCAAAUUAUAAAAAGGUAUAUAAACUUACAUGGCUAAAUCCUAUCAAUACUUUGAUAAAAUAUAACUCAGAAGUUAUUAAAUGUUAUUAGACAUUAUGUGUUACUGUAUUCAAUUCAGAUGGGAGUUAUUUUUAUGACAACAGAGUUUAGAAUACUUUAAACUUGGGUUGGUUAUUGUGGAUGGCUCGAAGACAAUUUAGAGGGUCAUUGUGUAGAACAGUGUUGAAAUGUUCCUGCUUUGUGUAUGCAUAAAUGCUCAGGAGUAAUUGGGCAGAAUUUUGUUCGAUUUUGUGACAGGUGCAUACUGCUGACCGACUUAGUACCAAUUUUUGGCAGUAUCAUGUUAAUUGUGUUUUGUGAAUUAUUGUACAAAUAUUUAUUACAAGAACACUUGCUACAUAUGCAGCGUACUGUUGUUGCAUCUCUUAAUCCAUCUGCUUCUUUAAAGCUGCUGCAGUAUACCUGUUUAUGUAUUUUACUAUGUUUGUAUAUACACAUCAGUAAUGUAUUUUACCAGUUGUCACAAUACAAUGUAUGACAUGAAAUUAUCAUGUACUGCUACGCCAUUUUUAGUUAUUCGACAACAAAUGCUAUAAAUAUGCUUUCUAAUUCAAUGUUGUG